CCGAUAAAUAAGAUCUAGAAAUUACAAUAACCGACAAAUCGUACUUGGUUACUCUCUUAUGGCUUUUGUGUUUUGGCAAAUAUUUUCUAUAGAGAUCGCGACCUUGCUCACACCUCAUUGGACAUUGCUUGUUUUGGUACCUGUUGUGCAACCGUAUGUAAAAUACCUGAAUCACAAAACGAAACUAACUUAGCAGUUAGCACAAAGGCUGUUUGAUAACUUAUAUGUUUGUCUCGCUUCCAAAUUAUGUGACGACGUACAAUGAGUGAUUUCAGGUGUACUAAAAGUCAGUAUUAGACCAUUGGAUUGGGGACACUAGAAUAAAAAGAUAUGUAAGCAAAAAGACGACUUAGAUUUGUAUCUUCGCGAGAAUGGCUUGUUGCCCGACGGAAGAGAAAUAUGGCUACGAAGAUAGUCGUUUUGAGACAGCUGUUGAUGCCCACUUUCAUUGCUCUAUCUGCUACAAUGUUCUGAAGGAACCAAUGAUGUGUAGAAAUAAUGAACACAUAUUUUGUCGUGGCUGUAUUACUGAACAUUUAACUGUGAACUCGCAUACUUGCCCAGAAUGUAACGAGGACUUGACUGUCGAAACACUUCGCAAAGCCCCGCGUCUGGUGAGCAAUUAUUUAUCCGAGCUUAAGAUAAAGUGCGAUUUUGCUAACCGAGGUUGCCAAGAGUUCAUUCGUCUUGAAGAGCUCGAUUCUCACGUCGAGAAUUGUGGCUUUGCUCCGGUGAAGUGCUCAAGCGAGGAAUGCGGAAUGUUGAUUAAUAAGCGAGAGAUUAUUCUUCACGAGAGCACAGUUUGUGAGUACAGGAAAGUCAAGUGCCAUUCUUGUAAAAAGUUGGAGCAAGAUGUGGAAGCAAUAAAAGAGAAAAUGGAAGGAAUGGCAGCCGAUGUAGACCAAGUUAAAGAGCUGAUGGUCCAGAUGUUUGAAAAAUUACGUUUCUUCGACAACACCACUCAAAUUUCAUCUGCUAUCAAUCAAGACGUAUUAGUAGCUGGGGGCUGGGAUACUGAUCGUAAUGCUUUGAGAUCUGUUGAGAGAUUUUCGUGGAAGAAUAAUGUGUGGAAAAGAGUGUCCUCAAUGAACGUUGGUCGCAAAGGAGCAACGUCGUUUGUUUACGAGAAUCAAGUAUUUGUCGCUGGCGGAUGUGAUAGUCGUGUAAUUGAGGUAUUAAAUUUGAACGAAGGUUUGCUGCAAUGGGAUGAAUCAAUGGCCAAACUUCCCUACCACUGUGAACCCCGCUCUGUAGUUUACCAGAACCAUGCAGUUCUUUUUUGCGCAUGCGGUAUGACUCAUUGUUGCACAAAACUUUGCCUUACUGCACCUCACACAUGUAAGCAGUUGUGUAAAAUGCCUGAGCCAGCAAGGAAACAUUAUACGGUGGUUGCAUUUGAGAACAAAGUCUUGAUUUUUGGAGGACUGAGUGUUACCACUGGUCAUUCACUUGAUAGUGUGUUAGAGUUUGAUCUCAGUACGAAUAAAUUUAAAGAUAUGCCUCCAUUGCCCUAUUCUGUUUCAAAUAUGGCAGGUGUUUGUUGGGGAGAUUAUGCAGUUUUGUUUGGAGGUUAUGACAAGGAUGCCCAAUCAAAAAACGUUUUGAUGUACGAUUCCAAAACGGGCAACACCACGCAAUUACCAUCUAUGUUAGAGGAAAGAUCUGCUUGUGCUGGGGUCAUCACGGGCAAUACAGUCGUUGUGAUGGGCGGAGUAGGAAAGUUAGCUGUCCGUGUUAGAUCUGUUGAAGCUUUCACUUUGGGAGGUUAUUCCUGGAGAUAUCUUCCCGCCAUGAACAAUAUUAGAAGUGUCGCCACUGCAACUGUUUUACCAAGGAAAAACUUUCGGUGAACUGUAUUAGUGACAAUAUAUGCCAGACUACCAGAGUCAGAACAGGCAAACUGAAUGCAACUUUUUUGUUGUAUUCCAGUGUUGGUUUUAUUAUCUACAAACAAACAUUUUGUAAUGUUGUGAUUAUAGUCAUGAUAAUAUAUAUAGAACUUGAUAUAUAAAUCAGUUUAAAACAAAUUCAUUUAUAUAGGCUAUAUAUGUUUCAUUAUGCGAUCUUUAAUCUGCAUACUUUGAGAAGAUACUCAACGUAUAUUAUAAUGCCUGACUUAUAGAUCAACAUUUUGGAGUGGUCUGAAAGGGCCUUGUGAUGAUUUUUGUAUGAAAACAUUUUCUGUGUGACAUGCUAGUGCAUAAUAUAAUCUUGAACGC